AUGGUAGCACAAGACUAUGUACCUGCGCUGGUACCGCGGGCUGGAGAGAUUAUUAGCAUCAUGUUACAGAUCAGCACAUUUGGUGUACUCUCCGUUUGCAUAAUGCGACGAACACAGUUUAUUCAGAAAUGGGCUGCACUUCCUUUGGCGAUGUGGUUAAUUCUCAUCAUCUACUGCGACUCGGCGUUAUUCGUAUUUGCAACUGCGAUUGUGGUUCAUGGCUUUGGUAUCAACUCCUCGCCGCAAGUGUGCGAAGGGGGAAUCUUAUUAUGUCUGAUAUGUUACAUGACUACCAAGAUUCUCAUCUAUUAUUUCCUCGUCGAGAAAGCAUAUGUGGUUCGAGGGAGUAUGAAGCCUCGCAUGAAGACGAAGCUGUGGCUCUUCAACUGCCUUUUCAUGCUGUUACCAUACACCGUCUUUGUCAUUAUGAACUUCAUCUUCCGAAUCACCUACAUCAACGACUCCGGCGUGUGCAUAAUCGGUAUGCAAAAGAUCGCUAUGCUUCCGUUGAUCACUUUCGAGGUCAUUGUCAACGUCUACCUGACCGCCCUCUUCAUCAUUCCCGUCCGAAACCUCUACUCUUACAAGCACAACGCAAACCCUACGCUCCACCGCAUGGCCAAGCGCUCGCUCAUCGGCUCCCUUGCUACCCUCACCACCUCCGUCAUCAACCUGACCAUACUCAUGGUAUUAAAGGGUGAACCAGGUUGGAUCUGCCUUAUGUGCUGCAACGCCGAUAUCUUGUUCUGCGUAAUAGUCCUACACUGGGUCACAUCGAAAGACAAGCAGACAGUGACUACAGACCCGCACAGCGGUUACGGUAACGGCACGAUCGGCUCAAGAAGCGGCACAAGAUCCGACCAAAGACGGAAUAGCAAGAUGACCUACGGAGAAGGAACAAACGAAAAGAAGACCGAGAUCAUAACUAUCAAAGGAAUAUCUGAAAAUUCCCAAAACUCCAACAGCAUCAACAGCACCAACGCUUCCCGCAACAAUAGUGGUAGCAGCUCCCGUAGGCCUAGUCUCAACGUCUUCCCUACCGUCAUGUCCAGCAACCCACAUCAUCGCCCUCAGACCUCACCGCGGCUCAUGCCUUCUGGUGUCACAACGGAAUGCAAAUCUUCGUCUCCUACGCAAAGCAGGCUUCGUGCCCCGAGCCGCGGUCUGUACCGUACGCCUACGCGAGAAGAGUUUGGCGAUGAGGUUGAGCUGAACAACAUCAGAGUUGAGACUAUUCACACAAGAGAAGUGGAGAUUGAAGAUGACCGGAGAGAGCGGACGGAGAGUGUGAGGAGUGAUGGGGAGGAGUGGGUUGGGCAUGAACGGAGGGUUGUUGGUGAGGGAGUUGUUUGA